GUGGCGGCCAAGGUGCUCUGUCACUCUCACACUGAUGAAGAGAGAACAGAGGCUGGAUACACUCACCGUCACCUUCCACUCUUUCUCAAUGAAGAACUGAGGACAAGGAAGCAAUAAGAGGGUGAAAGAGGAGCCCCCGUCUUCCAACAUCAUGACGUUCCUGCAGCAGAUGCGCUCCCCGCGUCUCUCCUUCAUCCAGACAGUGACGUCUCUCUUCCUGGGCGGCUUGGCCCUCAUGUCCUCCUAUUGGUGUGUGGGUAAGCAGAAGGUGCCCAAGCCGCUCUGCUCGCCCACCAAGCACAGCAACUGCAUCCCUGUUCCCGGCGUGUCCAACUCAUCCAGCAUCCAGUUCUCCUGGGAGACCGGGGACGACCGCUUUGUCUUCCCGUCCUUCCACACGGGCCUGUUCGUCAGCUGCGAGGAGAACAUCUACUCAGACACCUGGGAGGAAAAAUGUCGGGGGUUUCAUACUUUGACUCCAGGAUCUGAAAAAGCGAUGAUGUGGCUGUCACUGUCGAUGGAGAUCAUGUACGUCGGUCUGCUGCUCCUCAGCUGCGCGUUGCUGUCAGUGCAGUUGUGUAUGAGCGCCUGGUUCCCCUCCACACAGCGCUGCGGCCAGCUGCUCAAUGCCUUCGCCGCCGUCUUCACUGUCCUGGGAGGUCUGAUCGGGAUGGUGGCUCACAUGAUGUUUAUGCAGGUGUUUCAGACCACGGCCACUAUGGGACCAGAGGACUUCAAACCCCACAGCUACGGCUACUCCUGGGCCUUCUACGUCGCCUGGUUGGCCUUCACUAUCUGCAUGGCAGCCGGCGUCUCCACUCUCAACAACUACACCAAGAACGUCCUGAUGGUGGGACCCAGAUGCAACUCCAGCCUGAACCCCUGCAGGUUUAACUUUGUGGAGCUUCCGCCCCCGGCCCCCUACUACACCCCUCCAAACCCAGCCAUCACCCUGGCCUCUCCCCCCUCUCCUCCAUGCAUCUCCCACUUGUCCCCCUACUACGAGCCCCCGGUGUUGCCCGUGCCACCCUCAUCAUCACAGAGGCUCGCGCACUCCCACUGCCUCUCUCUGCCGCACUCUCACUCUUUUCCUCCUCCCCCCUCCCACCCUGCGCCUGCGUCCCCCUUCCACCGCCUGUCCCUCCCCUCUGCCACUUCCUCUCCCUCCAUCUCGGUCCACCUGCCCGUGCCAGGACACCAAGAGAACCUCAGCCCCCAUUACGAGCCAGAGGACGACAACAGCCCGCUUUGACCGAGGAUACGCAACAACAGCUACCGCCUCCGGGCAGUCCGAGGAAAUCUCUCAAUGACGAGAGGACCUGUGCCCGGUGUCCCAAAGUCACCGUGGCAAUGCAGUUUAGUCAUCAUCUUUGUCCUCUGGAUUUGCAGGAUCAGCAGCUUGCAGGCUACCCAAAACAUUAGCAACACCCCUUCUCUCCUGAGAUAAACCAUGCCAGUGAAUUCAGGUAAAAGAUAUUAUGUCUUAUUCAUUCCACGUAAUUACGAAGGGGACAUGUAGGUGUAAAGGAGGAGUCAGAUUAAAGCAUUUUCAAGACAUAAGACGAUCAAAGCAUCGUGAAAUUGUGAAAAAAGCUAGUUUUCCUAAAUGUCGGGCACACCGCAUAGCACGGCUCAGAAACAGCUCAUAACCCUCCAGAUAAUAUCUUAUACUUUCAGAGGUUAAGCAAGUCAAACAAACAGAUCAAUAGCAGAAGAUUAAAAUGAUGGAGUGUUUUUUUUUUUUUUUUUUUUUUUUAAAGCAUUGCUUGUAAAUUAAGCUUUUGGCUGAACAAACUUUUACAGAGCCAACCCUCUGUGUGAGAGAUGAACAGUUGAAAAAAAUAUUUCUGCAAAUUGACAUGUGGUGUGUUGGUAUAGAACAAUAACAACAUUACUACUGCGCCACUUUGAAAUGAUCUGAUCUGGUUGUGCUGCUGACUUCACGCCGACUGUCCUCGCUCAGAUUGUCUUUGUCUCUGCCUCUGCAUGUAUGUAUCUUUGAGCCAUUCAAUACAUCUUAUAUCUGAAUAAAACCCCUCAGAUAUUA